AUGGGCUUUUUUCACCAAGAUGGCACCAAAAGCUAAGAAGGAAGCUCCUGCCCCUCCUGAAGUUGCAGCCACUGCAAAAGCUUUGAAGGCCAAGAAGGCAGAUGUUGAAAAACAUCCACACACACGCACAAAAAAGAAGAGCCACAUGUCAUCUAACUUCUGGUGGCCCAAGACACAGCAGCUCCAAAGGCAGCCCACAUAUCCUCGGAAAAACGCCCCCAGCAGAAACAAGCUUGACCAUUAUGCCAUCAUCAAGUUCCCCCUAACCACUGAGCUGGCCACGAAGAAGAUUGAAGACAACACCACACUAGUGUUCAUUGUGGAUGUCAAGGCCAGCAAACAUCAGAUCAAUCAGGCUGUAAUGAAGCUUUAUGACACUGAUAACUUAUAAACAACAGUGAUAUAUUUCUCACAGUUCUGGAGGCUGGGAAGUCCAAGAUCAAGAUACUAGUGGGUUUGGUGCCCUGUGAGGGUAUAGACUGCUAUGGUCUGAAUAUUUGUUCCUGAAAUAUUUACAAAUUGAAACUUAAUCCCCAGUGAGAGCACUAAGAGGUGGGCCUUUUAGGUGAUAAGGUGAUGAGGGUUUCACCCUCAUGAAUGGAACUGAUGCCCUUAGAAGGGAGGUUUGAGGGAGCCCUUUUGUAUCUUGCCAAGUCUUUCAUCAGACAUGAAUCUACUGACAUCUUCAUGUUGGACUUUCCAGCCAACAUGAGUAAACUUCUACUGUUUAUAAACUACCCAGACUUGGGCAUUUUGUUAGAGCAGUCCAUAUGGAGUAAGACGCCAUCUCCCUCCCUAACCAAACCUAAUUUUGUUGAAGAAAUCCACUUUCCUAUUAAAAACUAUCUUUGUCAAAGUCUUAUGGAGGUGGUGUGGCCAUGAG